AUGGCAGAUCUCGGACCUCCUUUCCUCCCUGUCUCUGGGCUCCCCAACUUUCGGGAUCUUGGAGGUCGCCCUCAUCCCAUCCCGUCCCGCCCCGGCUACACUAUCAAGUCUGGUCUCGUCUUCCGUUCAGCAGAACCGUCCCGACUCACUGAAGAUGGCGUCUCGGCCCUGCAGAACCUCAAGAUCUCGCACGUCUAUGAUCUACGCUCCCGCACGGAAAUUCAGCGUUACGCCACAGGCACUCGCGAAUGGCCCGGUGCUGAACGGGUCUUUACUCCGGUAUUCUUGGAUAAGGAUUACGGUCCCGAGGCCAUUGCGCUGCGCUUCCAGAAUUAUACAGCUGAAGGUAGUCAGGGCUUCGUCAAGGCCUACCAAGAUAUCUGGGAGACAGGAACGGGUUCCAUCAACACCAUCCUCUCACACCUAGCUAAGCCGGAUCCUUCGCCUUUACUCAUCCAUUGCACUGCAGGCAAAGACAGAACUGGAGUGAUCUGUGCCUUCAUCCUGUCGAUAUGCGGCGUGGACGACCAGACAAUCGCUCGCGAGUACAGCUUAACGGAGGUUGGGCUUGGAGACUUUCGAGAGGAGCUUCUCGCUGCUGUUAUGAAGAGUCCUGAACUAAAAGCGAAUCCUGAAGGCGCCAGACGAUUGCUUGGAGCAAAACCUGAGAAUAUGCUGGCUGCCCUGAAAGCCUUUCGAGAACAGCACGACUCUGUAGAGCAGUAUGUUGUAAAGAGCUGUGGGCUCUCAGAAGACGAUCUCGAGCAGAUUAGAAAGAACUUGAUCGUACCUAACACAACUAAUUAG